UUUAUAUUUUAGUUUAAAAAACACUUGAACAAUUUAUAUUAGUUUCUAGGUAUAUUGGUUACUUUACUAAACUAUGAUGUCUCAAAGUAGGAAUCGAAUUACUCAAGCCACUUGCAAGUGUAUAUGUAUGUAUGUAUACGUAUAUGAUAUAAAAACAAUUUGAUUUAUUUGUAUAGCUUAUAAGAAAGAUUGUAUAAAUAAGUUAUCUCCUUAUAAAUAAAAUUAUUAUAACAAAAAACUGGAUAUUAUGUGGUUCUUAUACAUAUGUGAUAUACACAUUGUUACAAAACCUAAAUAAAACUAAAAACUCAAUUUCAGUUUGUAAAACUAGCCCAAAGUAAAGCAAUGCAACGCUAGCGGAAAACAGAAAAGUUUAACUAUAGCAAAUACAGGAAUCUUAUUCAUAAAACAAAGUUUUAAUGUAGCAACGCCAAGCUCAAGUAAAGCUUAACUUUUAACUUUCUCAUUGAUAUGUUGAUAUAAUGUAAACCACAGUGUUUUUAAUGAUGCUGGGAAAACAUUUAAAAUUCAUAUUUAUAAAAUUAGAAAACUUAAAAAUAUUUUAGAUUAUCGCUCAUAUAAUUUAAUUCACAAUAACAUACAAGAGAAAGUUAAAUUACCGAUACAAAAUGAAAAACAUUUCACCACAAAAUAAAAAGAAAAAUUGGAUACAAAUUUUUAGAAAACCAAAAUUAAAUUUGAUAGUAUUUGUAUACUGCCAGUACUUCAUAUUUAUCCAACAUUUCAACUUAGUAGAAGCACAACUUUUAUUACCCACGCGUGACCCAAGAUUUUAUUCAAGAGAAGGAGUUGAUUUUCCUGUUCAAAACCCUGGGGAUCCAGAUUAUCGAACUUAUACACACAAUGAUCGACGUUAUGGAUUUUAUCAGCCUAAUGGUUAUGGACAAAAAUAUCCUGGACAGUAUAAACCUGAUCAGUAUCCUCAAGGCUAUCCGCAAGGGCAGGAUACGUUUCGAUAUGAUCCCAACAAUCCCAGCAUUCCGUUAACUCCUUUUCCCGGUAUUCUCGGAGGAUGGCGCAAGGAUCUCCAAGGAAAACAGCGUCCAGAUUCAGUAACAUUAGACCCACAAAGGAAUGUUUUUGUUACAACUAAUUAUGGACAAGUUCAAGGAUUUAAGGUGGCAAUAUAUGACGACCCCGAUCCAAAAUCAUUUUAUCGACCAUAUCACAGUCCAGUUGACCAAAAGAAAGGGGAAUGUUCGGUUUUUCUUGGAAUCCCUUACGCCUUACCACCAGUAAAUGAAGGGCGUUUUAAACCUCCGCGAUUACAUCGUGGUUGGCAACUUCUUCAAGCUGUAGACUUUGGACCAGCUUGCCCACAACAUCCUCGUUUUACAGGUGCAACAAAAGGAAUACGUGACGUUCACGAAGAUUGCUUAUAUCUUAAUGUAUUUUCUCCAAAGACAGGUGGUGGAGCCGUUCCAGAAAAAUAUCCUGUUAUGAUUUAUAUUCACGGAGGACACUUUGAACGUGGAGCAUCAAAUUUGUUUCCGGGCCAUAUAUUAGCCACUUUUUAUAAUGUUGUAGUUGUUACCAUUAACUAUCGUUUGGGUGCUCUUGGCUUUCUUUCAACAGCAGAUGAAAACUCUCCAGGAAAUUAUGGAAUUCUUGAUCAAUCUAUGGCAAUACGUUGGGUCUAUGAGAAUAUAGAGUUCUUCAAUGGGGAUCGAAAUUUGAUUACGCUAUUUGGGCCAGACGCUGGCGCAGCUUCAGCUGGGCUAUUAGCUGUAGCGCCACAAACAAAGCAUAUGAUUGGUAGAGUAAUAGGUCUUUCUGGUUCUGCUUUCGCUGAUUGGGCAUUAAUUUCCGACAAAUAUAGGUCACAAAACACAAGCAGAGUUUUGGGCCAAAAAUUGGGAUGUUAUAUUGAUUCAAGUUGGAAGUUAGUAAAUUGUUUAAGAUCUCGUAGUUUUGAGGAGCUUGGAAAUGCUGAGUUGGACCCACAAGUUGGAACUUUUGCAUGGGGUCCCGUUUUAGAUAAAAACUUCACAUAUCCAGGUGAUGAUUGGUAUGAAGGUUGGCGAGAAAGUGAUUGGAAAUUUUUAUCGGAAAUGCCAGAAAAAUUGUACCGAGAAAAUAAAUUCAAUAAGGGACUACAUUACAUGACUGGUGUGACAACACAAGAGGCUGCGUCAUUUAUUUUUCAAAAUGAUAGUUUAAAACCCAAUUACAUAGUAGAUGAAAAGUUUUUCCAAGAGAAAAUACGUGAAUUUGUCUUACGUUAUAAUUAUACAUUAAAUCCAAAUGGUGUUUUCGAAGCAAUUAAAUAUAUGUAUACAUACCACCCAGAUCCUAAGAAUGUUACUUGGAUCAGGGAAAUGUAUAUAAACUUUCUCUCAGAUUUUUUGUACACUGCUCCAGUAGAUAAAAUGGCUAAGUUAUUAUUAGAGAAAAAAGUUCCAGUUUAUAUAUUCGUAUUAAAUACCACAAUUGAAGCAUUUAGCUACCCUGAGUGGCGAAAAUAUCCCCAUGAUAUUGAACACUAUCUUUUAACGGGGGCCCCAUUUAUGGACGUUGAAUUCUUUCCAACUGCAGCAAGAUUUGAAAGAAAUAUGUGGACAGACAAUGAUCGUAACAUGAGUCAUUUUUUUAUGCAAACAUUUAGCAACUUUGCAAGAUUUGGAAAUCCGACCCCUCAACAAGUUCUUGGGUUACAUUUUGAAAAGGCUUAUCAAGGUGAACUUAGGUAUUUAAAUAUUAAUACAACUUUCAAUUCUACAAUUAAAAUGAAUUAUCGGCAAACUGAGAGUGCAUUUUGGAUGCAGUAUUUACCAACCGUUAUUGGCGUCUUGAUUCCAACAUAUCCCCCAACUACAGAAUUUUGGUGGGAGCCACAUGAGCCAUUGCAAAUUGCUUUCUGGUCAAUGACAGCAGCUUGCCUGUUGUUAAUAGUAUUAGUCUUCAUAUGUUGCAUAAUGUGGAGAAAUUCAAAACUUAAAGCUGAUCGUCUUGAGGAAGAUAUAUUUUUUAUCGAUAACGUCGAAUCAACAAGAAGCGGUCCUAGUAUUACUGGUAUUGAAAACACACAUAUGCUUGUUCAUAACAACUCGGUUAAAUCACGAGAUAACAUUUAUGAAUAUCGCGAAUCGACUACAAAAAAAAAACCUCUUGCAGACGAUUCAUCCACACAUGCAGUAAGUUCAAUUGGUGUGACCCAGAAAUUUGGUAGUCAAAUUUCCCUGAAAAGUGGAAUUUCUGCUAAAGAUAAUACUUCUUCUUUCCAAAUACCAACAAUGACACAAUCCGUUGAACAAAAACUUCGAAAUAAAAUCGAAAAUGACCCCAAAAUAAAUACAAGUGGAACCGAAACUGUAUUUGGAGUAAAUAACGUAAAAGAAACAUCUAGAAAACAACCACAUUUUUCAUCAGAAGAAAAAAGUCUAUUAGUUAAAGAAUCGUGUAUAAUUUCCCCAGAAAAAGAUUCUAUUUCGAAUAGAUCUAUAACGGGUAAAAGUAGUUCAAUCAGUCAAACCCCUCCACUCGCUAGGCUGCGAAGUAAUGUAAAACAUUCUCCUAGGACUAUGUUGUUUGAAGGAAUACCACAAACAUCUGUAUAAAAUUAUAUAAAUGUGUAUAUACGAGUAUUUAGUUUUAAAAUUAGUUUUUUUUUCAUUUUUCAUUUUCCACACGUGCUUAGGCUCACAUUCAUAACAUUUAAUUAAAUAUAACUAAUAGAUAUAAUUAACCUAUUAUAAGUUUUUAUAAAGUCAAACACAUAAAUAUGUAAGAAAUAAUAGGUCUGGCUGGAAUAAAACUUGAAAAAACUUUAAAAAGAGAAACAAUGACGAAAUUUCCCCCAAAAAGAAAAAAAACUUUUCAUUUAAAAAAAAAAUAAACCAGACACAAAACUUUAAAAAACUUUAUGUAAGUUAUUAAAAUUUCAAAGUGUUUAUCAAACAUAAACAAAUAUUUUUUGGUUAUACCAAAAACUGAAAAUUUUGACUUUCUAAGUUGGUCUUUUCUAAGUUCCACACUUUUAUGGCUCAAAAUCAAAAUUUUCUGUUUUUUUUUUUAAGCAAAAAAUUUGUUUAUGUUUGAUAAAUAUUAAGAAAUUUGACGUUUAUCUAUUUUUCUUUAUUUUUGCGAGAAAUCACGUCAUUGUUUUCUCUUUUUUAAGUUUUUUAAGUUUUAUACUAGACAGACCUAAUUUUUCAGUCUACAAUAAAAUUGCAUUUUGUCAAUAAACAAAAAUUACAUUUUCCACUACUGUUUUCUUUAAACGAACUCUAUUAAAAGUUAUUACUAAAUAUAUUCAUUCAUACAUCAAAAAUAAUAGUAACGCCGAAAACAAAGGAUAGAGUUCCACAACAUUAUAUUUUUUCAUAGCGAAAAUUACUAAUAAAAACAUUUAACCCUUAAAAUAA